AUGGAAAAUUCAAGUCCACCUACAAACUCACCUUCUGGUUUGCUUUUAAUGACUCCUGUGGAAGAAAAGCCUGAUAAAGUUCGAUUAAAAAAAGAACUUGGUCUGCUUGAAGGAGUUGCUAUUAUUCUUGGAAUUAUUUUUGGGUCAGGUAUUUUCAUUUCUCCAAAAGGAGUAAUACAGGAAGUUGGCUCGGUUGGAAGUUCCCUUCUUGUUUGGGCUGUUUGUGGCUUACUCUCCAUGAUCGGUGCCCUUUGCUAUGCUGAGUUAGGCACAUCAAUUCCUAAGUCUGGUGGUGACUAUGCUUAUAUAUUUGAAGCUUUUGGACCAAUUCCUGCCUUUUUGUAUUUGUGGGAUGCUAUGCUUAUAUUUGUGCCUACUACUAAUGCUAUUAUGGGACUGACAUUUGCUAAGUAUGUAUUACAGCCAUUCUUCCCUGACUGUGAGCUUCCAGAUUUGUCUGUGAGAUUAAUAGCUGCCUUAGUUAUUUGUUUUUUUACAUAUAUCAACUGUAUCGAUGUCAAAGGGACAACACGAGUUCAAAAUGCUUUUAUGUUUACAAAAGUUGCAGCUCUUGUUCUUAUUAUCUUUGUUGGAGUUUAUUAUUUGGUUUUUAAUAGUUCCAAGAAUUUUGAAAACGCUUUUGAAGGAACUAAUUAUAGUCCUGGUAAAGUUGCGAUAGCAUUCUAUGCUGGAAUUUUUUCUUAUUCAGGCUGGAAUUAUUUGAAUUUCAUGACUGAAGAAUUAAAAAAUCCAUAUGUGAAUUUACCUCGUGCCAUCUAUAUCUCAUUGCCUUUAGUCACCGCUAUUUAUGUGUUAGCGAACGUUGCUUAUCUUGCAGUUUUGACUACUACACAAAUUAUCGCAUCCAAUGCUAUUGCUGUGACAUUUGGUGAUGCUGCAAUGGGAUAUUUUGCCUGGACUAUGCCUUUUCUAGUAGCCCUUUCAGCAUUAGGAGGAUUAAGUGUUCACAUAAUGACAUCUUCAAGAAUGUGCUUCGUAGGAGCAAGAUAUGGUCAUUUCCCAACAAUGUUGUCUCAUAUUAAUGUUAAUAAGUAUACUCCGACACCAUCUCUUGUUUUUCUUGGGAUUUUAUCACUGAUAAUGUUAUGUACAAGUGAUGUGUAUCUACUGAUUACAUAUUCCAGUUUUGUGGAAUCAUUUUUUAUUAUGCUGUCUGUAUUGGGACUGAUUUGGUUGAGAUAUAAAAAACCAGAUAUGCCUCGCCCGAUUAAGGUUUCAUUGGCGGUUCCUAUUAGUUUUGUGAUUAUAUGUAUAUUUUUGGUAACAGUACCAAUAUUUGAAAAGCCUUUUGAAGUUGGAGUUGGUAUUUUGAUUACUCUGAGUGGGCUUCCUGCUUACUACUUUGGUGUAGUAUACCAAAACAAACCAGCUUGGUUUACUCGCAUGUUCAAUGGCCUGACAUAUGCUAUGCAAAAACUGUUCAUGGCUGCCAAAGAAGACCAUCUUGAAGAAAAAGACUAUACUUCGUAA